AGAGCCCCUAGGAUGUUGAAUUUGGUAUACAGAUGAGCUACACAAGCUCAGUAAGAAAUUCAAGAGAGCAUCAUAUAUAUGCAUAUACUUAGCAAGAGGCUCAAAGCACUGUAGCAUCCUCUUCCUCUCCUACUCUUCUGCUUCCUUGCUUAUUAAUGAAUUAGUUUUGGACAGCUCUGAUCUCAGCUGUUGCAACCUCAGUUUUCGGUCUGAUAUGUGAGUACGGUUCAUCUUCUGGUCCUAUUUAUGUAUACCUUCCAACUUGGAUUGAUAAGAGAUAAAGUUGAAUCAUUGGAGCUCAAAGAUGGGAGAAUGAUGUUGGACUUACAAGGAUUUGAGCAAUUGAUGAUGAAAGAAGUAUGAGCUUAUAAUCAGAAUUGCGUACAAUGAUAUCAAAUUCAAGGGAAAAGGGUUUGCAAGCAAAGCAAGAGGGCCGCAACAACACCAAUAAUGAUGGAAACAGUAGUAAUUUCAACAAGGCAUCAUCAUCAAGUACUACUACUUCAAGACAAUGGUCUGGAUUUAGAAAUCCAAGGAUUGUACGUGUCUCGCGCACCUUCGGAGGAAAAGAUAGGCACAGCAAGGUUUCCACGGUGAGGGGAUUGAGGGACAGGAGAAUUAGGCUCUCAGUACCAACAGCCAUUCAAUUAUAUGACCUUCAAGACAGGCUUGGACUUAGCCAGCCUAGUAAGGUAAUAGACUGGCUGCUUGAUGUUACUGAAGAUGAUAUUGAUAAGCUCCCACCUCUCCAACUUCCUCAUGGAUUUGCUCAUCAAUUUCAUCAGCAAAUGCUAAAUCCUCAUCAUUCUCAUGAUCAAGGUCACCAGUCUAACAAUUCUCUUGCUGCUGCUCCUUUCUUUGAUGUAAAUUCUUCAUUUAUGGAGGCAGAUCAUCAAGCUCAUCAAAGAAGUUCUACUACUACUAAUGUGGGUGAUCGGAAAGGCAAGUCAAUCAAAACACAUGAUGAACAAGAUGAUGAUGAUCAAAAUCAUCAUCAAGAUGGCAAUAUUGGGGGACAACUCUUGGCUCAGAAGCUAUUUCCCCAAGGCAAUCAUCCUUCCUCCAUACCUGGCCUGCUAAACAAUGCCAUGGCAUACAAUUACUAUCAUAAUUAUUCAGAGCCUUCAAGUUUAUCUCUAUCUCAAUUUGGUGGCCAUGGAUUUCCACCAGUGCCCCAAAUAGAUCAUCAUAGCCAUAUGAUGAGCAAUGCCUUAUCAUUUUCAACUUUAAUGCCAUCUGGAUCUCAAUUGUUCUUCUGUCCAUCAACAGCAACACCCUCCCUUUUUGGCCCAUAUCCUCCGUAUAUUACCAACCCGGUAGUGGAGAGAGGUACUACUACUAGUGAGCCAAGAUCACAAGCCAACCAUUUCCAAUUUUUGAGCUCAUCAAAUUCACCAAAUCUCCUACCAAAUGCUCUCAUGUCUUCUCUUCAGUCUUUGAAAUCCUAUCCAACAUCGGUCAAUCCCAAGCAGCUCCAUUCGAAUUCACAGGAUAACAAUGGAAGCCAACCAAACAAGGACCAUAAUUAAUACCAGCUCCUAAACGCAUACGAGACAUGGAAAUCGAUGAACUGAGGCAUUAAUGGAGGGGUUGGCUCGAGCAGCUAAGUAGUUGAUUUCUUCAGCACACAGCACAAGCUAGCUAGCAAGACAUAAAGUUCAUCUGAUCAUUAUGUGGUUGUGUUUCCUGCAAGACUUUCCUCAGUCUCUCUCUCUCUCUCUCUCUCUCUCUCUGUGUGCAAAAAAGCGACAAGAGUUAAUAGUGAAAACUUCGUAAGUACGACAAUGUUAUAUGUAGACAUUUGCAUACUGGUGAUUGAUCAGAGUGCUUAUAAUUUUAUAUACUAGAUAUACACCACUACCAUAGCCGAUACGCAUUUUAUAUAUACAUGUUUGAGUUCAUCUAAUUGCAUUCAUAUGCACUUUUGAGGUAUACAUAUGUAUAGAUCUAUCUAUAUAUAUGAGC